AUGCCACUACCUCACGACAACCUCCAUCGCCAACGCCUUCACAUACGACCACACCCACACCCACACCGACACCGAUCUAAAGACGCUCCGCUCGCCCCGGAUCAUCGUACCUCGUCAGGCAAGAGUGCCAGCGUUCAGCCACCGCUCGCGUCGCCACGCAUGCCGCACAAUCCCUCCCACACGCAGCGGCGUCGAAACAGGCAUCAGGCCGGAGCCGCUGCCACGCCUCACCUCCGCCAUCAACAGCAGCAACGACGUCAGCAACAGCAGACCGAGCCGCGCGCCCGCUGCACCAAUUGCCUCGUCGAAUAUCCCCUGACCCGAAGAUUCUUCUUGAGGGUCGAUUGCAAGAGGGAUGCUGACCGUCGUACCUGCUUGCCUUGCAGGACAGGUGCCAUCGUCGACGAAACCGAGCUUCGACUGCUCCGCGACGAGCAUCAAGAAGAUCAUGGGGACGACGUCAUCCUGCCUGAGGAUCUGGCGGACGACGAACGACUACACCGCGACUUUGAGGACCUCGGCGCAGAAGAGCGGCGAUCCAAGCUGCAUGCCUCUCGCCAGUUCGGAGGCCUGGUCAUCAAACACCUCAGCGCCACCAAGCUCGCAGAGAGCCGCCUCCGCUUCCGUCGGCGCGUCCGGCCUGCGAGCGAGCUCAUGCUCGAGCGCGAGAUCCUCCGCUUCCGAUGGCUCGCCGAUCACUUGCCGCUGAUGUCCCAAGACGACCGCCUCAAGCGAGAGCAGCGACUCGUCCAAAUUCGGCCCGUCAACAUUGCAGACAUGCAGCUUGAGCCUGACCUCCUGCCGCACGCACAAUUUCUGCUCUCGCUCGACCUCUCCGACACGUCGCAUAGCGACAACAUCGACGACGAGCUCGAGCGCGCCACCGAGCUGCUCGCACUCAUGCGUCUGCCCGAGCGCGACGCCAUCGAGCAGGCGCAGCUGAUCCGCCAGCGCCAGCUCGUCAGCACGCACAAUCGCAACCACCAACGCCACCAACGCCAAGUGGCGCACCAACUCGCUCAGCAAGACGGCGACCAGCUUGCCCAAAUCUUCCAGCGCGGCCUCGCGCUCACCGACGACGACGACCGCCGCUCCUCGGAGCCCGCCAAAGCUCCGCCCACCUUUACCGCCGUCGCCAACUUGACCGCCGUCAAGGCGGAGCUCGCUGCCACCGCCACCUCGCUUCCGCCCGCAACCUCGGUCUCUGCCCGCACCGGCGCCGACUCACCCCCGACCCCGAGCCCGAGCCCGCGAGCCACCAAGCGCCCACGCAACCAGCGCGAGACGCCCGUCGACCCCCGUCUCGAGAUGUUUGAGCGCAGACGCCAGCUUCUGCGUCUGCACAACGAAUCAACUCAAACUCCCAAGCCGGCCUAG